CUUCCGCCACCUGUCACGUGACAAGUCUCUCCUGGCGGGGGUAGCGAUCAGCCCCUUUGAGGCGACUGCUAGGCUGCGCAAGUCGUUUUGGCUUCAAAAUUAACACCUAAAAUCUUACCAGCUUUUUGGAGGUCGGGGAGGAGAGGAGAAAGUAAUAAGUAAAUGUCCCAUAUGAUGGGAGAUUCUUACAACGACGGCUACAUGGAAGAAGAAGAAGAGUGGGAUCGGGAGGGAUUACUCGACCCGGCAUGGGAGAAGCAGCAGAAAAAGACCUUCACAGCAUGGUGCAAUUCUCACUUGAGAAAAGCUGGAACAGGAAUCGAAAACAUAGAAGAAGACUUUCGCAAUGGACUGAAACUCAUGUUGUUGUUAGAGGUUAUCUCUGGGGAACAGUUGCCCAAACCAGACAGGGGCAAAAUGAGGUUCCACAAAAUAGCCAACGUAAACAAAGCCUUGGAUUUUAUUGCCUCUAAAGGUGUCAAGCUUGUGUCAAUAGGAGCAGAAGAAAUUGUUGAUGGAAAUGUUAAAAUGACGCUAGGUAUGAUAUGGACAAUUAUCUUGAGGUUCGCCAUCCAGGACAUCACAGUAGAAGAAUUGACCGCCAAAGAGGGACUGUUGCUAUGGUGCCAGCGGAAAACGGCACCAUACAAAAAUGUCAAUGUCCAGAACUUCCAUCUUAGUUUUAAGGAUGGCCUGGCCUUCUGUGCCCUUAUUCAUAGGCACCGCCCAGAACUUAUUGACUACAACAGUCUGUCUAAGGACAAUCCCCUGGAGAACCUGAACACUGCCUUUGACAUUGCUGAAAAACACCUGGAUAUUCCCAGAAUGUUGGACCCCGAGGACAUGGUCAAUUCUGCCAAACCUGAUGAGCGAUCAGUGAUGGCCUACGUGUCUUCCUACUACCAUGCCUUUUCUGGGGCCCAGCAAGCCGAGACUGCAGCCAACCGAAUCUGCAAGGUCCUCAAAGUCAACCAGGAAAACGAGCGACUGAUGGAAGAGUAUGAGCGACUUGCAAGCGAUCUGUUGGAGUGGAUUCGAAAGACUCGCCCAUGGCUGGAGAAUCGCACAACAGACAACACUCUGCCUGGCACACGACGCAAGCUUGAUGAAUUUCGUGACUACCGUCGCAAACACAAGCCUCCAAAGCUUGAAGAUAAGGCCAGGCUAGAGAAUUCUUUCAACACACUCCAGACACGUCUUCGCCUCUCCAACAGACCUGCUUACCUCCCCACUGAGGGUAAAAUGGUUUCGGACAUUGCCAAUGCUUGGAAAGGACUUGAACAUGCUGAGAAAGGUUUCGAAGAGUGGCUUCUUUCUGAACUUCAGAGACUGGAGAGGCUUGAUCAUUUGGCACAAAAGUUCCGACACAAGUGUGAAAUACACGAAGAGUGGUCCACAGGGAAGGAGGAGAUGCUCCAGUCUGGUGACUUUAAGCGCUGCCGCCUUAAUGAGUUAAAGGCUAUGAAGAAGAAGCAUGAAGCAUUUGAGAGUGACCUUGCUGCUCACCAAGACCGUGUUGAGCAGAUUGCUGCCAUUGCACAAGAACUGAAUGCGCUGGAUUACCACGAUGUGGCAACAGUUAAUGCAAGGUGCCAGCGUAUCUGUGACCAGUGGGACAGGUUAGGCCAACUGACAGUCAAGCGGCGUGAAGGUCUUGAAGAAGCAGAAAGAGUGCUGGAAAGAAUUGACCAGCUGCAUCUGGAGUUUGCCAAAAGAGCUGCACCAUUUAACAACUGGAUGGAUGGAGCUAAGGAAGAUCUACUGGACAUGUUCAUUGUUCACACAACAGAAGAAGUACAGGGACUGGUAGAUGCUCAUGACCAGUUCAAGGCAACACUAGGGGAAGCUGACAAGGAGUACAGCACAAUAGUGUCGCUUGCACAAGAAGUUGUUCGCCUCGGACAGCAGUUUGGACUAACUCCACCAGAGAAUCCCUACACCACACUUCAUGCCCAGGAUAUCACCAACAAGUGGGCUGAGGUGCGUGAUUUGGUUCCUCGCCGUGACCAGACCCUGCAGCAGGAAAUGAUGCGUCAGCAGAACAAUGAACGGCUUCGUCGCCAGUUUGCCGCAAAGGCAAAUGUGGUUGGUCAGUGGAUCGAAGCUCAGUUGGAUGCAGUUGCCUCCAUUGGUGUCCAAAUGCGAGGCUCUUUGGAAGAUCAGCUCAAAAAGCUCCAGGCCUUUGACAAAGCCGUGGUGGCUUACAAGCCCAAUAUGGAUGAGUUAGAAAGGUUCAACCAGGAAGUGCAAGAAGCAAUGAUUUUCGAGAACAGAUACACACAGUACACUAUGGAGACUCUUCGUGUGGGGUGGGAACAACUGUUGACAGCUGUGGCCAGGAAUAUCAAUGAAGUGGAGAAUCAGAUCCUAACCCGUGACUCGAAGGGAAUUAGCGAAGACCAGAUGAAUGAAUUCCGCAUGUCCUUCAACCACUUUGACAAGAACCGAACUCGUCGUCUGGAGCCCAAAGAGUUUAAGGCCUGCCUCAUUUCCCUUGGAUACAAAAUCCGAGAUGAUCGACAGGGUGAAGCUGACUUCCAGCGCAUCAUGUCCAUUGUUGAUCCCAAUGGCUCUGGCUAUGUAACUUUUGACGCCUUCCUUGACUUCAUGACACGUGAGACAGCUGACACUGACACUGCUGAGCAGGUUAUGCAGUCCUUCAAGAUUCUGGCUGGAGACAAGCCAUACAUCACAGCACAAAUCCUGCGCCAAGAGCUGCCACCAGACCAGGCAGAAUAUUGUAUCCAGCGAAUGGCACCGUAUACAGGUCGUGAUGCUGUGCCAGGUGCUCUGGAUUAUAUGUCCUUCUCUACAGCGCUAUAUGGCGAGAGUGAUCUGUAG